AUGUUAAGUAAUGUUUACGUAUUGGAAUUGUCAAAUGUCGAACAGGGAACAUGUUUUCAAAAAUUAAUGGACAAUGUUAAAACUGGAUUAAUAUUGAAAGAUGUUUCUUUAGAAGUACACAGUGGAGAAGUUUUGGCAGUUUUGGGUUCAAAAGGAAGUGGAAAACGUGCCCUGUUGGAAGUCAUUUCCAGGAGAACGAGGGGGCCCACAAGGGGAGAAAUACUUUUAAAUGGAGCACCCAUGAGUGCCGCACUAUUUCAAAACAAUUGCGGUUACGUCACACACAAAUGCGACCUCAUACCAUCUUUGACGGUCAUGCAAACGUUGCAUUUUGCUAGCAACUUGACCAUCGGUUCUAAGGUGACCCAAUACAUGAAAAGGUCGAGAGUUCGUCAGGUUCUCGCCGAUUUGGCAUUGACUCAAGUCGCGAACAGAAAAGUUGAUGGACUUUCAAAUUCGGAGUACAGGAGGCUCAUGAUUGGAGUUCAACUCAUGAGAGAUCCCGUUUUGUUACUUUUGGACGAGCCUACGUGGGAUUUGGAUCCUCUGAACACGUACCUAGUCGUAUCCAUACUAUCCAAUCACGCUAAAAAAUACAACAGGGCCAUCAUAUUGACGAUGGAAAAACCAAGGUCUGACGUUUUCCCUUUUUUGGAUCGAGUGACUUAUCUUUGCCUGGGUGACGUCGUUUACACGGGUGCAACACAAUUCAUGCUUGAAUAUUUUCGCGGAAUCGGAUUUCCCUGUCCGGAACUUGAAAAUCCACUCAUGUACUAUCUGUGCUUGUCGACGGUGGACAGAAGAUCACGCGAAAGGUUCAUAGAAUCAAAUCAUCAAAUAGCAGCCCUCGUUGAAAAAUUCAAAGUCGAAGGUGGACCAUUUAGAAAAGCGGUACCAGCGAGUCAAAGCGAAGCCGUUGAUCCUUUGAUGGCUGGAAAUCAACAUAAAGUUCCUUUAUCCGCGUUCGGACGUCCUGGAACGUUUCAAGUCGCAUCCACUCUCUACAUGCGAAAUUUAGCUACGACGUUCAAUUUAUCCUCGGACGGAUUCAAAAACGUUUUCCUAAGACUUUUAUUUCUUCCGCUGAUAUUUUCACUUUUGUACGGUUUGUAUUUCAACAUGGGAAAUUAUCAGAGAACGUUUCUAUCGAGAAACGGAUUCGUGUUCAACGUAAUGGCGGCUGCUUAUUUUACAUCCAUUGUUUCAACUGUUUACACUUUUUAUCAACACAGAACGAGGUAUUAUCAGGAAUCACAAGAAGGCUUGUACGGGGGGUCAUUGUUUUACAUCGUCUACACCGUGUAUUCUCUUCCUUUUUCCUUUGUAUCCACAUUGGCAUCCGCCAAAAUUAUUCACCUGUUGUCGGAUUAUUCGAGCGAAAACGAUUGGAUGCGUCUCACGUGCGCCCUUUGGUCAGCCGUUUUACUUGCCGAACAUCAAACAAUGGUCGUGAUGUUGGUCGUGCAAACGCGACUCACUGCGGGUCUCACGAGUUGCACAAUAACGAUACUGACGUUGGUACUCGGAAGCGGAAACUUGAAAGCCUACAGCGGACUCGCCGAAUGGUUGACGUAUUUGACGUACUGCACUCAAACCCGUUAUUUGGGUUCUUUUCUCAUACACGAAUACCUUUGGAGCGGUCACGUGGAUUUACCAUUUUCUGAAAAGCACACGUGUCGUAACAAAACCCAUCACGGAGAUGCCGACACGUGGCUUUGCCGAUUCAACAGCGGACAAGAAUAUUUAAGAGAAAGAUUUGCGAGAGACAACGACGUGUACCUUCAAUUGUUAACGGAUCCAAAUUUAAACCUGAGCAUAUGCCUGGGAUUUAGCGUCGGAUUGAUUUUUCUUAAUUGCGUCCUUUAUUUGGUUCCACUUCCGGGUUUUGUCAAAGCUAAAUUCCGACACUGA